AUGUCAUUGAAGGGUCCCCCUCUCUGCUGCAGCGGCACAGCAAAAGAAAUAGCGGGGAGAGCAGAAGCAGCAAGCAGCGACCGCGAGCUGUACAUACAGCUGCUGCUGAACGCCACACAGCAGCAGCAGCAGCAGCAGCAGCAGCAGCAGCAGCAGCAGCGGCUGCAGCAGCAGCAGCAGCAGCAAAGAGAACGAGAAGAACGUAUAAAACAGCUCGUCAUAGAAGGGGGGAUAUUUGGUGCUGCAGAGGCGAAGGCCCUGGGCCUUAUAGAUGAGGGGAUUGCUGCUGCUGUUGCUGCUGUCUACAGAUUCUCUAUUAGCUGCAGCGGCCCUGGGCGCCGCAGAGAGCAGCAGCAACAGCAGCAGCAGCAGCAGCAGCUGCUGCUGCUGUUGCUGCUGCAAGGACGCUUUUUAAGAACGAAGAUAUUCUCCUUCUGCUCCUCUUUGCAUCAUGUAUAUCUGUUGCUGCUGCAGCUGCAGCAGUAG